AUGUUCGAUCCGCUGGGAUGGAUCUGCCCCGUAUUGAUCACCUGGAAAAUCCUGCUGCAGGAGCUCUGGAUGGCUGGGGUCGGUUGGGACGACCCCCUGCCCGAGGCCUUGAGCGAUCGAUGGCCGGCUUACCAGCGCGACAUCUCCGCCGUCGGGGGUGUUCGACUGCCGCGAUGGACGGGGCACACUCCCCGAGCGACCUCGGAGCUACACGGGUUCUGCGACGCCUCCGAACGAGCUUACGCGGCCGUCGUAUAUCUGGUGGUGAGACCGCCGCGCGGCCCCAGUCGCUCCUGCCUAUUGAUGGCCAAGAGCAGAGUGGCCUCGGUGAAACGCGUGACACUGCCUCGUUUGGAGCUCUGCGGGACCCACUUGCUGGCCCGUCUUUUGCAGCUCACCAGGGAGACACUGCAGCCUGCGACCAUGACCGCACACUGCUGGUCGGACUCGGCGGUAGCCUUAGCCUGGCAUCGCGCUGGGACACGGACGUCGAGGGCUAUCACCACGCAGGAGUACCGGCGCGCCGAGGAUCGCCUUGUCGCCAUCACGCAGCGGGCGUACUUCUCCGAGGAACUAAAACACCUACGGGGCGGACGAGCUGUGCCAGCCUCCAGACGCCUGCGCCAACUCCGGCCCACCAUGGACGCGGACGGCCUGCUGCGCGUGGACGGGCGACUGCGAUUCGCAGACUUGGACCCGCGCCGAAGGCACCCGAUUUUGUUACCACGCGAGGCAUGCCUAACGGAAAAAUACUUAGCAUUCCCUAAAUGA